AUGAGUAAUAUGGCAACAGAAAUUGUUGCCUUUCUCUUGACUGUCUCUGGAUGGAUUCUGGUGUCAUCCACCCUGCCUACUGACUACUGGAAGGUAUCCUCAGUGGACGGGACAGUCAUCACGACUGCUACUUUCUGGUCCAAUUUGUGGAAAACAUGCGUGACUGACUCUACAGGCGUGUCCAACUGCAAGGACUUUCCUUCCAUGCUGGCUCUGGAUGCUUACAUCCAGGUAUGCCGGGGCUUGAUGAUAACAUCAGUGUGUCUCGGAUUUUUUGGUGCCAUACUUGCCCUCCUCGGAAUGAAGUGCACAAAAGUCGGAGGCUCGGAGACCACCAAGGCUCGUCUGGCAGUCCUUGCAGGCUUUCACUUCAUCCUCAGUGGCCUGUGCUGCAUGACCGCCUGCUCCAUAUAUGCUCACAGAAUCACCACAGACUUCUUUGACCCUCUCUUUGUUGCCCAGAAGUUUGAACUGGGAGCAGCACUUUUCAUUGGCUGGUCAGGGUCUGUGCUUUGCAUCCUAGGAGGUUUGAUUUUCUGUCUCUCCCUGUCAGAGGGCUCCAGAGUCAGGUGA